AUGGAUACUGAUUAUUCAUUAGAUUUAAAUAUAACAGGAAUGACAUGCUUGUCUUGCUCAUCAGCAAUACGUAAUUUGUUGUUAAAAGUAUCAGAAAUAAAAGAUGCACAAGUAAAUAUUCUUACAGGAAAAGUGAAGAUCUUGCUUAGUGAAAUACCAAAGGCUCAUAAAGUAGAUGAAAUUCUUAAGUUGAUAACGAAUGCUGGAUUUGAAGCACAAAUAAUUCCAAAUCACUUUAUAAAUUACAAUAGAACUGAUUAUAAAGUAGAUGAUGGCAUCAUCGAUGUUACAUGUAGCAAGUCUAAGUUUGAUAGCAUUCAAUUGACUAAACCAAAUGCACAAAUGUUUAAUGAAAUAAAUUUUAAUAUUAUAAGUAUAAUAAAGUUAAAAAUAGUUACAGAAAACGAAAUUGAUAAUAUAGUUGAACGGCUCUAUAACUGCAAAGGGAUAAUAAAUAUUUUUUCAUAUAAAAAGUGGUCUAAGAUGCUAAUUUUAUACAAUAGCAAGGAAUUACAGUUAGAUGAAAUAAUAAGAAAAUGCAAUUUAUCCUGUGGUUCAUUUGUAAUGUUUAGUGGUUCAUUUGAAGAGAGUUACUGGAACUGUAGAUCUCAAUUAAAUUUGAAGUACACCUUCAAGAUAGAGAGUUUUGAAAAGACCUUAUUUGCAAAGAUUAUAUCUAAGUAUACAAAAAAAUCAAAAGAUAAACUACUUUUAAAUUAUAUAAAUUCGGUUAUUUCAUCUUAUUUAUAUGAUCUGUUUGGGAUAUAUGAUUUUACAGUGAGUGAGCAGAAAACUGGAAAAGAUCAUGUAAGUUGCUCUAAUUUUAUAUCAUUCAGUAUAUUUAUAUCAUAUAAUCCAUAUUUCCUUAGUGGAAAAGAUUUAUUUGUAUAUAUCAAUAAUAUACUUAGGUUAAAUAAAUCUGAAGAUAUAUAUUUUAAUGAUAUGAUAGUGAAGUUUAUACAUUACACUAUCCUACCUUCCAAUAGUAUAAACAAUGAAUAUGAACACUUAAGAAGUAAACUAAAUAAACGACUAUGGUACUAUUUUAGAAACUUUUCCGUUUCUCUACUCAUAUCAAUCAUUGUAAUUUCGAUGAGUUGGCUCAACAAUACAGAUAUUUUAAAUACAAUAAUUCGUACCUUAUCCAUUUCAUCUAUUGAUUCUCUUUCAUCUAUGUCAAUGGUACCAGGUAUACCUUGGAAUUAUUUAUUUACUAUGUUUCUUGUUACUCCAGUAGUUUAUAUAUGUGGUCACGCAUUUAAUAAAAAAGCGUUUCAGUGUAUUAUUUCUGGAGUACCUUCAAUGGAAGUAUUAAUAUCUAUAAGUAUGAAUACUUCCUUUUUAUACUCAGUAAUAAUGGCCCUAUAUAUUAUAAUGGUAACUAUUUAUAGCAAAUACUACGAUUAUUCAAGUAUAAAUAAUGACAUAUCACACUCUGAGCUUGAAACAAACCAAUCUACCGAGAAAUUUCCACAUUUUCUAGAUACAGCUUGUUUGCUUACUACAAUUAGCUUAUUUGGGAAAAUUUUGGAAAUCCGUGCAAAGUUAUUAGUAUAUAAAAUUUUGAAUAAUACAGAGAGUGUUAGUACUCCACAAAUUGUGAAUAUUUUGGAUUUGAACACUAUGAUUUAUGAAUCUGUAUACAAGAAUUACUUCACAAAUUUUCUUUGUUCUAUAGAGAAAUCUUCAUACUCCACAGAAGACUAUAUGAGUGAUAUUAAUGAUGUUUUUUAUCAGAAUGAUCAGCUAAAUCUUAACAAUAUGAUAGAUGUUCAGUUAGUUGAACUGGGAGAUAUUAUUCUGCUUUCAGAAAAUGAUAUUAUUCCUUAUGAUGGAAUAAACUUGUCAGUUGAUGCAGUAACAGUCAAUGAGUCAGUAAUUACAGGAGAAUCGAGGUACAUUGAAAAAUUAUAUGGAAAUUCAGUUUUAGCAGGAAGUAAAAUUAUUCAAGGAAAAAUCAUACUACACGUUAGAUCUAUAGGUACAGAAAGUACUUUAGGUAAAAUUGAAGCACUAAAAAGAAAUGCCAAAGAAAAUUAUGUACCAUUACCAUCAUCAAUUGAUAAAUUAGCAUUAUUUUUUGUUCCAUCAGUCUUUUUAUUUGCUUUGUGUUGUUUCAUAGUGUGGUUUACUCUGGCAUAUUAUGAUAUAGUUGAUCCUACAUAUAUGAUAACUUUAGAUCGCAUAGAUCUACGUGAUGAAUACAUCAGUAUAUUUAAAAAAUUUCCAAUAGGAUCGAAAAUAAUGUUUGGAAUGCACUUUGCACUUUCUGUUAUGGCUAUUUCUUGCCCUUGUGCAAUUGGAAUUACAAUUCCGAUUGUAACAUUAAUAUCGACUAUAAAAGCAUUAAAUAAUGAUAUACUAGUACAAUCACCCCAUAUAUUUGAUUCAAUAUUAAAAAUUAAAUCUGUUGUUUUUGAUAAAACUGGGACACUUACAAAUGGCAAGGCUCAGGUAAUAUCCUGUAUAGUAAAUUGUUACCUAAGUGAAACCAUACAAAAAAUUGAAGGGUUUAACAUUACAGAGAAAUCAAAUAUACUUCCUCAAUCUGAUAUAUACUUUAUUCCUAAAAAAGUAAAUCAUAAAUAUCCAAAAUAUACCACAGAUACUGAGUGUCACCAAAUGUUAUGGUGGCUAAUUGGAAGCGCAGAGUACAAUAGUAGCCAUCCGAUUGGCAGCGCAUUACGCUCAUACGCAGCAAGUAUUCUUCUAGAUAAAAAUGGUGAUAAAUUGGCUAAAUUUACUCAACCAAAGUGGUACAAAUACUUCCCCGGAAGGGGAAUCGUUUCUAUUGUUGAAAAUGUCAAACUAAUACUUACAAAUAAUUGCAGCACAACACUCUUUGAGUAUCCAAUAGUUAAAGCAACUAUUAAAGGUACAGAUGCUAAUUCAGAUUGCAUGGUAACUGAGAAAUCUUAUGCUAAUUUAGAGAAUUGGUAUGAAUUUUGGACAAAUCAAGGUGCAACAGUUGUAUAUAUAUUCAUUGAUGAAGGAUAUAAUGAACCUUUCUGUCCAGUUGAUGAUCUAUAUAGUAAUAAAGACAAAUUAGUAUUAAUAGGAUCUGUUGCUUUGUUGGAUGAACAUAUGAAUGGUGCUAUAGAGUGUAUAAACUAUGUUAAGGAUAAGAUUAGUGACAACAUUUGGCUUUGUACGGGAGACUCAAAGUGUACAGCAGAAGCAAUUGCAUUAAAGGUUGGGAUUGACAUAGAAAGAGUAAUGAGUCAUGCACUACCAGGAGAUAAGUUGUGCUUGGUAGAAGACCUUAAGCUAGAUCCUAGAGUUGCUCACAUAAUGAAUAAGGUAAAGCAAUCAUAUGAGGAAGUUAAUAACUGUGAUAAUUAUUCCCUUAAUGGCAAUACUAAGAGAUUUGAAGCAGGUUCAUAUAUAAAUACCUCAAGCUUUAAGAUUACAUGCGAUGAUACAGCAAAAAGAGUUACCGUGAAAAAAAGAAGUCACAAUCCUGUUAUGAUGGUUGGUGAUGGAAUUAAUGACUCAGCAGGUUUACUCGCAGCUGAUAUCGGUAUUUUAUUAGGCAAGGAGGGUCUAAGUGAUUUUUCAAGUGCCGAUAUAGUAAUAUUAUCAAACUAUCAAUAUGGACUUUUAUUUCUUUUAAAACUAGCAAGGGAGACGCACAAAAUAAUAAGAAGUAAUUUAACUUGGGCACUUGUAUUUAAUAUUGUAGCAAUACCUUUAGCAGCUGGUAUACUUUAUCCACGUGUUGUCAUUCCUCCAGUAGCUGCAUCAUUAUUAAUGAUGUUAAGCUCAGUUAUAAUAAUUCUAUCAAGUUUGUCACUAUAUUUCUAUAUGUAG